AUGAUGCUAAAGGGGUACCCACUGCGUUAAAAAGUGACACCACGGGGUCCUGUGACAAGUUGGGAGUGCCAAAUGCAGUGUGCAUGGGAUUUAUCUUAUCUGGAAAAAGCUACUGCUAAUGAAAAAAACAUAUUUGUUUGCUCAAUUUUAAUGCAGAGUCAAAGAUGACAAGCAGAUUUCUGGCAAUUUGAGGACAGAGACACCAGAGAAAAAGUUAUAUCAGAAGGGACAUUUUCAGGAACUCCUGUUUUACUGUCAUUUAGCUGAAGAACAUUUCAGGCCAUCGAGCAUUUAACAUCAUCAAGACAACUUAAGGCAGAUUGAAGGAGAGAAGUUGCAACAAGAAAACAAAUACAAUAACUGCUACAGUAUAAUAAACAAUCUGAAAGCCUUCAAGAUAUUGAAGCAUUUCUCAUUCAAGGUUUAACCUUGCAGAGCAGCAGGUCAUCUCUCUGUCCAUCUCUGACCAGCCGUCCCUCUCAGCAGAUAAAGAGCUAUUGACAGAGUGAAGAGGAGGCUUCAUCGACUUGUUAAUAGAGACUGGCAGUGAGUAGGAGCUCUAUGUGGAUCAAGAGUUGAAGAAGGAGCGCCUGAGACUAGUGGUGAGCUAGUCGAACCACCCUCAGCUCUACCCAGAGCCUCCCCUUCCCACCUCCCUCUUCCUCAGCCUAAUCCCGUCAUCCUCUGCCUCACCUUUCCCUCACGCCUCUCGUGAGAAACCACCAUGUCUCUCUUCGCCUCUCCCGUCCCCAACUUCCUCCUCCUCCUCCUCCUCUUCCUCCUCCCACUGCCUCCCUGCCAGCCGGAGUCCCAGCGCAGCGACCCAAGCAGCGACCCCGGUCGAGCGGUCUCCCCCUCCAUGUUCCCCUCCUCCUUCCCGACCGCCAUGUCUUACGGUAACAGCACUUUGCCCAGCAAGAGGGAUAAGUGUGAGGAAGUGGCGGUGUGCAGACCCGGCAUCUUGCUGCCCGUCUGGCAGCCCAACCGACCCGGCCUCGGCGACCAAGUGGCCAGAGCUGUGGUCUACUUUGUGUCACUCAUGUACAUGUUCCUGGGAGUGUCCAUCAUCGCAGACCGCUUCAUGGCGUCCAUAGAGGUCAUCACGUCACAGGAGAAGGAGGUGACCAUCACUAUGCCUAACGGGGAAACAUCAGUGGCAACGGUUCGAAUCUGGAACGAAACUGUGUCCAAUCUGACGCUGAUGGCUCUGGGCUCCAGCGCUCCAGAGAUACUGCUGUCUGUUAUAGAGGUGUGUGGUCACGACUUCAAGGCCGGCGAGUUGGGACCGGGAACCAUCGUCGGCAGCGCUGCCUUCAACAUGUUUGUGAUUAUCGGGAUCUGCGUGUGGACGAUCCCCAACGGUGAGACGCGCAAGAUCAAACACCUCCGGGUGUUCUUCAUCACCGCCUUCUGGAGCAUCUUCGCUUACAUCUGGCUCUACCUCAUCCUGUCUGUCAUGUCGCCGGGUGUCGUGGAGGUGUGGGAGGCCUUGGUGACCCUGCUGUACUUCCCGGUGUGUGUCAUCCUUGCUUGGAUCGCCGACCGCCGCCUGCUCUUCUACAAGUACAUGGGCAAGCGUUACCGUGCCGACAAACGCCACGGCAUCGUCGUGGAGACCGAGGGAGACUUGACACCCAACAAGGGCGGCAUGGAGAUGAUCAUAGACGGCAAGUUCCCGCCUCGAGGGGGCGCCGUGGUCCCUGCGGAGAACUGCGGGGGUGGAACUCUGGACGGCACAGCAGGUGCGGCAAAUAACAUCGGUGCGGCGGGGGCCAUGGCCGGCGGCAACCUGCCCAACUCCAACAGCGCGAUGGUCAAUGUGGAGAGCAGCAAGGAGUUGGACGAGAGCCGCAAGGAGGUGAUUCGUAUUCUCAAGGAGCUGAAGCAGAAAUAUCCUGACAAAGAGCUGGAUCAGCUGGUGGAGUUGGCCAACUACUACGCACUGCUGCACCAACAGAAGAGCAGAGCUUUCUACCGUAUACAGGCAACUCGUAUGAUGAUCGGAGCCGGUAACGUCCUGAAGAAGCACGCAGCCGACCACGCUCGCCGCGCAGUCGUAACCGAUGAGGAAGCGCCGGAGGAAGACGACCUGGGCAUAUGCAGCCGCAUCUCGUUUGAAAGCGCUCACAGUCAGUGCAUGGAGAACUGCGGCGUUCUGACCCUGGCUGUAAUCUGCAAAGGGGGUCUGGGAGAGAACACCUUCUACGUGGACUACAGGACAGAGGACGGUUCAGCCAACGCCGGGUCCGAUUACGAAUACAGCGAAGGAACGGUGGUUUUCAAACCCGGAGAGACUCGUAAAGAGAUUAAGGUCGGUAUAAUCGAUGAUGACAUAUUCGAAGAGGACGAGCACUUCUUUGUGCGUUUGUUGAAUCUGCGUGUCGGCGACGCAGACGGCAUGUUUGAGAGCGACGAAGUUGGCGCCACCCCCAAAGCUCGCCUGGUCGAGCCCCUGGUCGCCACGGUGACCAUCUUGGAUGACGACCACGCCGGCAUCUUCACUUUCAGCGAGCGCAUGGUGCGGGUGAGCGAGAGCGUCGGCACCAUGGAGGUGACGGUGGUGCGCAACUCAGGCGCCCGCGGCACCGUCAUCUUGCCGUACCACACCGAGUCAGGCACCGCCAAGGCCGGAGAAGACUACGAGGACGCCCAAGGAGAGCUGGAGUUCACCAACGACCAGACCACUCAGACUCUCCGGGUGAUGAUCAUUGAUGAUGAAGAGUAUGAGAAACACGAGAACUUCUUCAUUGUCUUGGAGGAGCCACGCUGGUUAAAGAGAGGAAUCUCAGCUCUGCUGCUCAACCAAGAGGGGAUGGAGGGGCAGAUGAGCGCCGAGGAGGAGGAGGCCCGGAGGAUAGCUGAGAUGGGGAAGCCCAUCCUGGGAGAGCACAGCCGCUUGGAGGUGGUCAUCGAAGAGUCCUAUGAGUUCAAGAGCACCGUCGACAAGCUCAUCAAGAAGACCAACUUGGCGCUGGUCAUCGGCACACAUUCCUGGAGGGAGCAGUUUGUGGAGGCCGUCACUGUCAGCGCAGGUGACGGCGAUGAAGACGAGGAAGGCCGCGAGGAGCGUCUUCCGUCUUGUUACGACUACGUCAUGCACUUCCUCACCGUCUUCUGGAAGGUGCUGUUCGCCUGCGUCCCGCCCACAGAGUACUGGAACGGCUGGGCCUGCUUCUUCGUCUCCAUCAGCGUCAUCGGCCUCCUCACCGCCGUCAUAGGAGAUCUGGCGUCACACUUCGGCUGCACCGUGGGGCUCCGGGACACCGUCACCGCUGUGGUGUUUGUGGCGUUGGGAACUUCUAUUCCAGACACCUUCGCUAGCAAAGUGUCCGCCAUGCAGGACCAGCAUGCCGAUGCGUCAGUUGGAAACGUCACCGGUAGCAACGCUGUCAACGUGUUCCUGGGGAUUGGCGUGGCGUGGUCGGUGGCUGCCAUUUACUGGAAAGUCAAAGGAACAGAGUUCAGGGUGGACCCGGGGUCGCUGGCCUUCUCCGUCACGCUCUUCACCAUCUUCGCUUUCAUCGCCAUGGCUGUGCUCCUGUUCCGACGCCGGCCCUCCAUUGGCGGAGAGCUCGGAGGCCCCAGGGUGUCCCGCCUCCUGACCACCCUGCUGUUCCUGGGUCUGUGGUUCCUCUACAUCCUCUUCUCCAGCCUGGAGGCCUACUGCCACAUCAACGGCUUUUAAAAAAAAAGGAGAUGAAGAAAGAUCUGGAAGAAUAUUGCACAGCAACACACACAUAUACUUUAACACUCAGUCACACAGUCCACAGUUUGACAUGAUACAUGUGUUAAGAUCAUCUGUUUAAUAGCAGCCUCGAGGGGUCCUGGUCUUUGAUGCAGGGAUGCUAAAAUACUCCAGAACAUGUUCACACACACACAUACACACACACACACUAUAUGUACGCAUGUGUAAAACUGAUCAUACCAAACACACACACACACACGCACAGUUACAGGCAUGACGAAGGGCAAAAGGAAGUGUUUGAGGGGCGAGAAGUGUGAAUACGAAAGGUUACUGCAGCAAAGUUAGCAGAGAGAAGACGGAGAGAGAGAAAGAGUCAUUGUGAAGUUGACAUUUUAGCGGUUCAAAGACGGUUUUUGUCAGCCUCCGGAGUUUCAUUCUUGCGGCGUGGCGACUUUUUUUAUAAGCCAGAUGGAGGAGCUGUCCCGUAUGUAGGAUCGGACCACUGAUAGAGAAGAGCAGGCCUGUUAGUGUUAGGACAGAACAGAAACCUGUGAACAUUCAUCAAUCUGAGUUGCGUGGAAGGGACGACGCUCUGUCUCUCCGUCCCUCCCACCUCUCUUCUGUAACUUUACCGGUACAGCCUCACGUGUCUUCACUGAGGAGGUGGAGCGCCGCGGGGAUUAAAAAAAAAAAGGAGUGGAAUGUUUACAAUAAUAAUAACAUUUAGUUUGUUUACUAUACGGGGUACUUACUAAGUGGUGAUGCUUGUCUAAUACACGAUAUAGAUGAGGGCGGUUCUCCACGCACGCUGUAAAUAGUACAUAUCAGUGUACAUAAAGAGUGUAGUGUUUGCAGUAGGCAGACGGUGAUGCCUACCACUGAAAAAUGUUGAGGGAGGAGGAGGAAGUUAUCCACCUGAAUGCAUCGUUACAUUUCUGUACAGAAACUCAAAAAGAACAGGAAACACAACAGUUAGGUUUCUACUUCCUCUGUCAGAAACAGUGCAGACUGGAUCCCACACGUUGGAAAAGUUUAGCUUGAGCUGAGCCUGACUGGGAAUGAAAUUUGGCAAAGUCUUAGCUGGCCAAACAAAUUAAUGAUCGUAUGACCUGUACUUCCCAACAUCAAUGUCGGUAACCAUUGCCCAGCUGACAGAGGAUUUUUUUUUUUUUUUUGCAUGUAUAGACAGAUACAGAGUCACAUAUAUAUACUAUGUAAAGGGGAAUGAUCAGUUUCAUACUGUAAAUUUUACAUCCCUGCAUUUGUGCUCAGUGAACUAUCAGCUGGUCCUUGAUGUUAAAUCUUCUUGUAUAAAGCCGUGUCUGUGUGUGUGUGUGUGUGUGUGUGUGUGUGUGUGUGUGUGUGUGUGUGUGUGUGUGUGUGUGUGUAGGCAGACAGGAAGGAGGAGGGGGGAGGAAGGGUGUUUGGUCCAACGGGGAUGAUCUGAGAGGAUCAAAAAGGGACAUUUUCCUCAUAAGAAGGACCAAAAAAAAAUGUGACACACGCCCGCCCGUCUGUGUGGAGUGUAAUGAAAACACACUGAAUCACAGCUGGCUGCCAUUCAGUCCGUCAGUCAGUCAUCACUGUGUCAUUUUAAGUAGUGACAGACUAAUCCAUUACUGUGGCAUGUAUCCUGACAGACUAAUCCUUUAUGUGUAGUGGCAGCAGCAUAGUUGAGUCACACAAACACGCAGGGGGCAGUCAAACUUAACAGUGUUAGUUUACUUUUUAUGAAGCGUGAAGCCUCUAAAGCCAAGUGAAUUUCGAUUGAGUCGUUUAAACCCAACGAUAAAAGAUCUCCUGUCAUCAACACUGAGUCUACAGCAUAUUGUCCAAAGUCCUAAUUUACACAAGAAUUAGGAUACGGGAUCCUUUAGUCAACACCACGCUGAUGCUUCAAGCGUCCAUACUAUGCCUUAAGAAAAACUCUCAAGUAAAAAUCUAGUAUUCAAGUUUUUAGCCGUACAAACUCUGUCCUGGCUGCACUUUGUUUGAUAUACUGUAAAUCCUGUGUUGCGUUUUUUCUUUUUUCUGAUAUUUCCACUGGUUCAGCUGACUGAGUGAUUGUAACGCAACACCAGAUCCAGGUGAAACCACCCCAUGAAGUUUCUCUUCUUGUGGGAAAGGGAUUGUUGUAAUUCGUCCCUGCCCGUAGUAGUAGUAGUAGACAUACUAAACAUCACUUUCCUUUUUGAUGGAAAGUCUGUAAGCUGUUUAGAGGGACUAAGUAAGGACUUUGUUUACAGUCUGUAAGCAGCAGACAGUGAUUAGCUUUUGCAGCUAACAGCUAACAAGACUACACUGUCUAACCUGGGCGUUUGUACAGUAGCAGCAGGUGUCAUUUUCACAUUGUAGGUUUAAAUCAGAGACUGUUUGUAUAGUAGUAGUAUUAUCAGAUCAUAGGUUGUUUUCAGUGGAAAACAGAUUAGAAAAACACGGCCCUUCGAGGCAUCUACGUGUCGCUCAGUAUUGCACGGCGGAGUUGGAAUGUAAACUAAAAUGUUCACAAGCUACUGAAACGACAACCAGAACCAGAGAGGUGCAAACCAGUGAAAGGAUACUGAACUAUAUGCAGAAAUCCUCUGAUUUGCUGUGACAUUUACACGCCGACAUUUUCCGGUUUAUUACUUUCAACGUUGAGAUAUAUGAAGCUGCGAAGUCAGUGCAUGAAAAUAUGUCAUAGAGGAUUUAGUGGGCAGUGUGCAACUUUAUUGUAUGAUUAAAAAAAAAAAAAAAAAGGUAGAACUAGUUGACUCUAAGCUUCGUCUGGAAGCAUCUAGAUGGGAGUUGAUCUCGACACAUCACGGUCAACAUUAUUAUUAUUACUGUAAUAUUCACUGCCUAAUGUCACUUUGAAUAUUUCUGUAAGGACAUUGUACUUUGUGCUGCAGGUGCAUUGCAAACAUUUUCUCUUUAAAGCGCCUCGAAAAAAAUCUUCACCCACUGAUGAUAAGCGCUAUAUAAGUGGAGUUUAUUACACUAUGAUAUCAGAAAGAUUCAAUUCGUUUACCCUUAACUAACUAUACUUUGUAAACUUUCUAAAAACCAAUUUUUGUAUCUUUUCCUUGCAGAUAUAGCCAAGGUAGAUUUUUUGUACUUCUAAACAAUGUUUAGAACAGUAUCAAUAUAUACAGCUGGUAGAGUUUAGUGUAGAUUACAUCAUUACUGAAUUUUAGUGGAUUAGAUUUUGAUAUAUUUUCCACAGUGAGGAAACUCCCCUUUCGAAACUGCUCCGACAGUGUAGUGUAUCAUAAACCGAACAUAAUCUCAUCUAACCUACUGAUCGUCUGCUGACUCGUUUGCGUCUCUGUGUCACUUAUGUAUAUUUCUUCUCACGAGAUAAUUUAUUUAGAUAUUUAUUUAUUUACAAGAAGAUUAUUUAUCUAUGGAUAAGCUGUGCCGCAGGUCCUUGAGGCGAACAGUUUGGAGUUUAGUUCAAGGAGUGUGGUUUCAAUGUGCAAUACAGGAAAUAAAUUUAAAAAAAAACACAUCUUUCGUCGGUAGCUUUGACGAGAGGCCAGUGCACAUGUUUUUUUCUGCUCCAGUGUUUGUUGUAAGCCUCUGCCAACGUACAUUUCAUUCAUCCGGUUCUCUUAAAGGAGGAGUUGUUUUUUUUGAGUGUAAGUAGCAUGUUUACAUGAAGAAACAGUGUGGAACAUUGCCAGUAUAUUUGUCAGUCUCGGGUCGUCUUGAGCUAAAGAGGGAAGCUUUUAUAGAUAUCGGUGGUGGCCGUGAGGCAGGUCAGUGGUGUGUGAGAGUGUAACAGUCGUUUAACUGUUAUUGUAGUACAACAGGUAGGACCAAGAUUACACAUCACACGCAAAUACAUACACAUACACACACAUAUACAGGUCUGCUGAACUCUUGUGUAAUCUAUGACUGCUGGGGGAGAAGAAUGAAGCAUCAGCACCCGGCGGCUACAGAACGGAUCCGCUCUGAUUAUACACACCCAGCAGAUGUGACCCAGGUCCGGCUCAGCACCCACAUACAGAACUGUCUACAAUGUCGGGACAAUGUUCCAUGUUUCCAUGAACUUCUGUACUAAACUGUCUGGCUUCGGCCUUUGCUGUUCUGUAGCUAGAUGUGAUGCCCUCCCCCGCCUUUCGCCACCCUAUCCAGCCUCUCCUCCUCCUCCUCCUCUUCCUCCUCCUCCUCACCCGACCCCUCCUCUCUCCCAGUGUGUGUCAGUGUUUGCUUUCCCCUCCGUGUUCCUCUGCAGAUGCAUGACGAAUCCCCCCCGUGUACGUGUGUUAGCAGCAUGGUCUACUGUGAUGGACGCCUAUAGGCAUAUUUUAUCAAGUUGAUUCCCCACAGUUUGAAUCCAAAAACGCCAGUGAAAUAAAAUGAGCAAGUGGCACACACACACAGAUACAAACAGUGCAUACAGACAUGAACACAACACACACACACACACAUAAACAUGCAGCAUUUAUGGAUUCAGUGUCUACUUUAGAAGCUGUGAAAACAAAAGCUUGCUCUGUUGUGUCAUGGCUACAUCCACAACGAGCGACAUCCCAGGUCAUCUUUUGUUUGUUGGUGUACGAUAUUUCUGUGUCUGUGUUAGUGUACCCCCCCCCCCCUCUUCUUCUCUUCUUCUUCUCUUCUUCUUCUCUUCUUUGUCUCUUCUCUUCUUCUUCUUCUUCUCCCAUUCGCUCCCUCCCAGGUCUUGCUCUUCAAUGUGUCUCUCUGUGAAGUUUUUUCCUGUGAUGAUGAAAAUUUCUCUCUCUGCCUGAACCUUUGUAGGGGAAAUAAUGACUGAGUUAAUACAAUAUCAUGUGAUAGACAUAUACAUUUAUUCAAUACUGUAAUAAAUUAUUAACUGAAGAUGAUAUUUAAGUUUUUUUAUGAAAUGUGGGAGGAAAAAAAAACCUUAGAAAAACAUGGCAACUUGUUUUUGAGAACGUGGCAUGAGGUGUAACGUGUUACUGAAAGAAAACAAAGGUCUUUAAUCAAGUACAGUUGACCUUAUUUGAAUAUAGUUUAUUUAUUUUCAAGGUU